AUGAAUCGACAGCCAUCGAACUCAGAUCACCGGGAUUACAUGAAAUUACAGUAUGGUCGAAAGAUUGCGCAGGACACAUGCAUGCUCGCGAGUAUGAAAACACCAGACUGGUCCCAAGCUCCUCCCGGUUUUAUUGGUAGGAACGCCACUGUUCCAUGCACAGUGACUACGAAUUCUAGCGGAUCUGCCUUGAAAAUGUACCCUUAUUCAGACGGGGGGGGGGGGGGCCGUUGGGGGGACGAAGCACCGGUACGUGGGGGGGGGGGGGCGCGUGGGGGUUUGGCCUUCUUUGGCCGCAAAAUCGAAUCAGCUGGGGGGGGCAGGUGGCGGGGGGAACACCAUUGGCCUAAAAUACCCGCCCCUCCCACUCGCAUGAGUCCCCUCUCCACCCCCUCUGGAAAGUUAGGAUUUAUAUUGCGACCCAAAUAUCGCGACGCGCUUGGCGCCGGGGGGAGCGCUUGGGUGGGUUGUGUGCUGGAGCCGGGGGGGGUGGGGGGGGGGGGACGGGCACGGCGCCGCGCUCGGCAUCCGUCAGGGAUAUAG